UUUUGUAGUUAUAUAAUUGCAUUAUUUAGGGAUCGACUAAAUAAUGACAUUUCGAGCUAAUGUUCUCUUUGGUGGAUGCAUGGUUAGCUGUCUACGCUAGCAGCUAGCUACGCGAACAACUGAGCAUGCGUGAACUCCGUGAGGGGUUCCCCACCUUACAUCUUACUUGCAAAGGGAAAGCCAUAAGAAACCAUGAAAGCGCACAAAUCUCUCCCCAAAACCAAGCAGACGUCCAAGAGGCAACAAUGUAAUGGCAAGUGGUUCAAGCCCAAAAGAAUUCCCAAAAACUCAGACUCUUCAAACCUCAGCCCAAGCACAGCCAUGGCCAAGCUCGAGCACCACGCAUCUAACCUUAGAAAGGACAAGCCUAACCUGAAGAGACUGAAGAAGGCGGCCAAGGCUGUGUCCUUCAGACAGGUCAAGACUCCGGCUGCCACGGAGAGGACCCCCACUCGUCACCUGACCAACGGGGGAGCAGGUGGACCAGAGCAGGGCAGUGACUCAGACGAGUCCCAGGACUGGAGCUCCUUUGCCAAGUCUGUUCUACAUCAAAAUGGUGGUGGAGAGAGUAUGGAGGGCCAGGAGAGUUGUGUCUCAGCCAAAGCUGCGCCUGGCAGGAUAGAGGAGGAGGCUUUUGUUCACUGUGCAGAGCGAGACUACAUCCAUAAUCGCACAGUGCUGGUCAUGCAACAGGGUCAGACCCUGUGUUUUAGAGGGAAGUGCCUUCUGUCAUGUCUGUACGGUCGGGUGGAGGUGCAUGGUUUCACACUUGAGGAGGGUCAGCAGUCCUACCCACUGUUUUCCCCUUCCUCACAUUGCCCCCUCACCGUCACAGCACUGGGGGAUUCCCCUAACCCCAGCAAGACCAAGAAAGCGGGCCGUCUAGAGGCCAAAGCCAUUGUCCGCAAGUACCUCUCUACAGAGUCACGUAAUAGGUUGUUGAGCGAAGUAGAUUCAGACUCCUGUGUGAUCCUGCUGGAGCCCCUGGACACCCCUCUGACGCGGUUCCUCACCAGUUUCCCAGACCUCAAAGAGCUGUUUGGACUCAGUUCGAGGGACAUCCGAGACAGUUCAGCUAUGCUGGACACUCCGCUCUCUGGCCUUGGCAUAACCCCACUGCGGAAAACAGCCGGAGGCAUGGUUAUGUCACAGACCUACAGGGAGGCUCUCAACGGCCUGGUUAACGCAUGUGCAGAGGAGCUAGAUGGCUGUCCAGUUAUUCUUGUAUGUGGUGCCAAGAAUGUUGGAAAGUCCACCUUCAACCGUCACCUCAUCAAUACCUUACUUAACCACACUGCAAGUGUAGAAUACCUGGAGUGUGACCUGGGCCAGACAGAGUUCACUCCUUCAGGUUGUCUCUCCCUGUCUACUGUCAGAGAGCCACUGCUGGGUCCCCCCUUUACACACCAGUGGGCCCCAGAGCACAUGAUCUUCUAUGGCCAGUCGUCCUGUGAAACAGACCUGGACCGCUAUCUUGAGUCCCUCAAGUCCCUGUGGCGCUUGUACAACCGAGAGACGCCCAUCGUCAUCAACACCAUGGGCUGGGUCAAAGGUUUUGGCUUUCAGUUGUUGGUGGACAUCAUUCGCCUCUUCUCCAUUUCUCACGUGGUGCAGCUCAGUAGUGGGGAUAAAGUCAUGUGCCCCCAACUCACCCCUGAGUUCCUGAGGUCAUCCCACGGCUGGCAGACACACCCUCCUGUCCAGUCAGCUUUGGGGGAGGACAACUCUGGAACUCAUCCUGCCCAGCGGAGUUACACUCUAUUCCGUAUUCACUCAGAGUUUGAAGGAGCAGGGCGCCCGGGCGAAAUGAGACACCAGCGUAGCAACGAGCAGCGUGACCUGGCUCUGCUGGGCUACUUCAGCCAGCUGCAGUCCCCUGAACCAGGCCCUGUCAGACCCCUACACUGCUUCACCCCCUACCAGGUUCCCCAUUCAGCAGUGGCUGUGGGUGUGACACACUGCGAGGUGGCACCAACUCAUGUGCUCUACACUGCCAAUGCCAGUCUGGUGGGGCUGUGCUGUCUGAAUGAGAAGGUAUCAGGCAGGGGAAGCCCAGUACUGCUCUCCCAAACCCCUGUCUGUCCCUGUGUGGGCUUUGGUGUCCUUCGAGGUGUGGACAUGGCACGGGGCCUGUACUUCCUUGUUACACCUGUAGCUCCCUCCAUCCUCCGUCAGGUCAACUGUCUUCUGCUGGGGGCUGUCACACUGCCCAACACCCUCCUCACAGGCCAGACGGGAAUUCUGGGAGAUCCUCCCUACGUCACAAUGGACUACAGCUUUGAGCUAACCGGGGCCGGCAAGCUUCACGCCUUCAAGGGGCUUACAAGACCUGGCCAGAUGAAAAACGCAAAGUGAUUGUUUUUGUUUUUAUGGUUUCACAGCAAGAAAUCUGAAUCUUUUUUAUUUUUUUGCCUUGGUGUUUUAAAGUCAAUAAACAAGGCCAGAGUUAAGGUCGUUGAAUGUACAGAAGAGAAGGUUCAGGAGACGGUGUACCGUAGAGUUGGGGUGAGUGACUCGAGGCAUACUCACACUCCAGAUCAGAGUGCUGAAGACGACCCAGGCUGUGGAGGUUAACUCCCUCUUGUAGGCGUCAAUUGGGUUUACCUUGGUCUACAAUCAUGAGAGAAUUUUUUUGGGGGGGGUUGCUGUAUUCAAUAGUUUAGGAUGUUUGAAUGUGUUUCUAUCACAAGGAUAAUAUCUAGACAUGCAGUUAAACCUCUGUCUGCAUCUGAAAUGGCACUGUAUUCCCUAGCGCACUGGUCAAAAGUAGUGCGCUAUAUAAGGAAGAGGGUGCCAUUUGGGACACAUUCUGGGUUUAAUGUCUAUUUCUCGUGGGUCACAUUCCAAAGCCAAGAUUGUACACAUUAUCAAAUGUAAACAAAUUGAUAUACUUUUUGUUGUUGAAAAUGUGAGCUUUUCUUGUCACUGUCAGAACUUUCUAAAUCUUUCUAAAUCU